ACGCCGCUAGACUCAAUAAAACAAGUAAGAAGCUGCUGAAAACACCGCCAUACUUCAUCAUGUCUGACUUUACCUCUGGAGGAAACUACGAGGAAUGCAGAAACAUAGCUGAUUGGCUGCUGAACCGCACGCAGGUGCGACCAACCGUGGGAAUCGUGUGCGGAUCAGGUCUGGGGGGGCUGGCUGGCAUGCUCAAGGACCCCCAGGUCUUCAAAUACAGCGACAUUCCCAACUUUCCCCGCAGCACAGUGCACGGUCAUGCAGGCCAGCUGGUGUUCGGAACACUAAAAGGGAAGCCAUGCGUGUGCAUGCAGGGCAGGUUCCACCUGUAUGAAGGUUACCCCAUCCAAAAGAUUACGUUGCCCAUGCGUGUCUUCAAGCUGAUGGGCGUCGGAACUAUGAUCAUGACGAACGCAGCUGGAGGCCUGAACCAGGACUUCAAAGUGGGCGACAUCAUGAUCAUCAAGGACCACGUCAACAUGCCCGGAUUUGCUGGAAACAACCCUCUGACUGGACCCAACGAUGACAGGUUCGGCGUCCGCUUCCCCUGCAUGUCUGAUGCCUACGACCGCGAGCUGCAGCAGCUGGCGCACGACGUGGCGGCAAAACUGGGCUACAGCGACUUCAUCCGCGAGGGGGUGUACUGCGUCCUCGGAGGUCCCUCCUUCGAAACCAUCGCCGAGUGUCGCAUGCUGCACCGCUUAGGCGGCGACGCUGUUGGUAAAUUACUCUUAACGCACACACGCAGAGCUAUUACCUUCUCCACAACAAGAAUCACACCUGCACAACAUUUCUACACUAAUGGAGACCUUCAGAGUCAGUGCUCCCUGAAUAACACGUGUGCAUUUUAA